CAUAAAAAUAUUCAGAAAGGAAGCUUCAACCUGGUCUUCACAACACUUCAGGGAUUUCCAGCUUCUAGGUAUGUGUCAACAAUCUCCGAUACCCAAUAAUUUGUUUACAUUUGAAAUAAAUGAUUGGGUAUCGGAUGUGGUCACAUUGCAAAGUGAGCCAAUGGAGUGCCAUCUUCAAAAACAGAUUUUAGCUUCCAUACCAUACGAUUGGACAAAAGCCAAAUUGGUAUUAUUUUCAUCCGUCAGAAUUGUGCUUGUUCCGCUUUUAGCCAUGUGUGCGGCUCCGAGAGGUGAUCCUUUAUUGAAAAACGAAGAAUGGGCCAUGGUUCUGUCACUCUUUUUAGGUCUUUCUAAUGGAGUUUUCGGUUCUGUACCCAUGAUUGUCGCACCUUCGAUGGUGCCUGACGAACAAAAAGAAUUAACAG